AUGGAUUCAAGCGAAGAUCAGUUGUAUUCUUCUUAUACAACACCAAAACGGAAUGAUUUUUCUUUGCUGCCGGUUGCUCGAAAUGGUACAUUGGAUCAAAAUUACCAGCAACAUCAGCAGACAAUGAAUCGAGCAAGUCAUUUUGGUCCACCACUACAACAUUCUACUGCCAGCGUUUCAUUUGUCGACCCAAAAUUUGAAACGGCAUCAACAGCCCAUAUGAUUCGCCCAGAUGCUUGGGCAACACCACCGAAUACGAGAAAUAUGAAUGCAGCCGUUCAAAAGGAAUCAACAAACUUCGGUAAAAUACGUGCCAAAUUAACAUCCACAAACGUUCUUUUUCUUGUUAUUGGCUUGAUUUUAUGUGGUGUACCACUGGCUGUUCUGACGACACUAUGGUGGCUCGAAUAA